AUGGACGACGACUGGCAGACUGACGUUCUCACCUCUCGCCACAUGCACAAUCGCGUCCACAACAGACCCAAUCGCCGUAAUCGACCUUUUGACAUCCACAAAACAUUUGGAAGCUAUACGUGCAAAUGCGCUGCAGGGCAAGGCAAGCAGAAUCAGCGAAAUUCACAACAAGAGAUAACGCUAGAGCUGUACCGCUUGAGUCCAAAUGGAGCGGGUAUAGUUGGCGAGUUCAAAUUCCCUGGUGUGCUGGAAGCGGCAGUAAUCCUCGCCGCAAGUCGGGCGAGCCUUGAUUCAACCGUGAACGAGGUGGAAGCAGAGGCAAUUGAAGAUGAUGACGGAAAUGAUGAGAGAGAUGAAAGCCAAGGAGAUGACGAGAGUGAUGCGAGCGACGCUGAGGAUCCCGAGAGCGAACGAGACAGUGAGGACCCAGCACGGUUCCGAAGGUUCGAGAAAAACAGUUUUCGUGCACCCAAGUUUUGGCUUCGCUGGAAUGGCAUAGUUGAGGGGUCUGAGGUGGUGACAACAGACAUGGGCUACAUCGUUUUUUCGGGGGCCGAUUGUCGAAAGUUCAAAGGAACCAUCACGUGCGGACCACUAGGCUGGAAAGACAUUGCGAUCAGUGGUCACAAGGUUGCGGGCAGAGGAGCAUCUGACGUGCCAGUCAAGUGGGAUAAGCAGAUUGUGUGA